AAGACAGAACCACGUAGAUAUAUAAUGUGUUUGUUAUAAUCUCAAAUCUCAGGCUCUUUUUCUGUGUUGUGUGUGUUUGGUUUGUUUGUUUGAGUGUGAAGAAUGUCGAGCAAAAAGAGCAGCAGGGUAGGGGUACACUCAAAACUGACUGUAGUUUCCAGCAAACCUUUCGGGCCGGGAAACACGCAUCCUUUAUCUGCGCUGGAUCAUGCCCUGGCGCUCCACACCCUCCACGUCAUCUUUUACUACGAGGAUAACCUGUUCCAGUCCUUCGACUUGAACCCCUUGAGGGAGUCUUUGUCAGAGGUUCUUUCCCUCUACCCGUCGGUUACUGGUCGGUUGAGCCGAGCAGACAACGGUAACUGGGAAGUGAAGUGUAAUGAUGCCGGAGUCCGAAUCUUCCGGGCCAAAGUUGGGGUCAGCCUCCAUGAGUGGCUGAGCUCUGCUGAUGAGUCAGAGGAGAGGGAUCUGACCGUGUGGGACGACAUGCCCCAAGAUCCUACUAUAUGGUCAUCUUUCCGACUACAGAUAAACGAGUUUGAAGGAGGGGGAGUAGCAAUCGGAUUAAGUUGUCCACACAUGCUUGCAGACCCAACCUCUGCAACUUUACUCUUCAAGUCAUGGGCCGAGACUUCACGAAGGGAACCCAUCGAGCAUCCACCUUUCUUCAACUCCAUGGCACUGCAUGGCCGUCCAGUUCCCAACGUAAACACAAAAUCAGCCGAAUAUUAUGCAGCCAAGUCCAAAGCACAGGCUUCCUCGCUCAAAAUGGCCUCAGCCACCUUCAAAUUUCCCACUUCAGUCAUCAAACAAUGCCUCUCCGGAGUCCAUCAAGAUUGCCCCGAUGCCACUCCUUUCGAUUUUCUAGCCGCAUUCUUUUGGACACGUGUCACACGUGUGAAGGGCCCCAAAAAUGGCUCUGCACACUCUCUCUCAAUCUGUACGGACUUUAGGAGGCUAUUGAAAGGUUCACUCCCAUUUGGGUAUUUUGGCAAUGCGUUGCACUUCUCAAUGUUGUCACUGGAGGGAGGAGAGAUGGGCCAGGGAGAGUUGGGACAUGUUGUGCAGUCAGUGCACAGCCAUAUUUUGGGUAUGAAGGAGGAAGAGGUUUGGUCAGUAAUAGAUUGGCUUGAAGCACAAAAGGUAGAGGGAGGGAAAUUUGCACCACCCUUUAGGAUGUUUGGCCCUGAGCUGACGUGCAUUAGCUUCGAACAUAUGAUCGUCCCUAGCACGAUGGCAGAAGGUUCUGCUAGAUCAUCGUCGAUACAUGCAAUGUUCAACAAGGAUAGAAAGCCGGUUCACGCCUCAUAUCAUGUCGGAAAUGUGGAGGGAGAAGGAUUGAUUGUGGUAACACCUUCAACUGAAGAAGGGUUUACUAGGACUGUGACGGUGACUUUGCCUGAGAAGGAACUGGCAGAGCUAUGUGAGGACCAAUCUAUCCUGCGACUGGAACCAACAAUGCUACUAUGUGGUAAAAGAUAGUUGCUUUUUGUUUUGAUGGUUUUCAUUGUACAAUAUUGGAGUUCUAAUGAGUGUUGAUUUGCAAAUGGUUUGCCCAAUAAUAAAAUUUAUUCCACAA